AUGGAGAACCUUCAAUCUACAGGGGCUCGCUCGCAUGCAAACUCGACCUCUCAUAUCAAGCCGCGCCGGGCUGGCGUUCCUUGUGUGCGAUGUCGCCAGAUGAAGGUGAAAUGUAAUGCCAGUCAAAAGUUUCCGGCAGCUUGCUCGGCUUGCGAAAAAGCAGGUGAGCGGUGCUCUGUUGACCCCUCGUUCAAGAGGACAUCCAAGAGAAGUCUGAAGCCCAGCCAUGUAUAUGAAGAAUGUCAUCCUGCAUACAGGGCGCCCCGCUCCGAAGGAUCAGGCACUGAGCCGACUAGCUUGUCGUCGAGACCGGAUGGACCUUUACCUGGCUCGGAUUCUUCCGUAGCAAGUAUAACUGCCGAAUUGCGCCUCGGCGGGAAGAGAUCUGCUCGGUUUACCCAUGAGGCUACUGGGGUCAACCUCACAUCCAGUGUUGUAGCAGAACUGCUAGAAGAGUAUUAUUCUCGUCUACACCCAAGGUUCCCGCUGUUGCUUGACCCUGCCACCACAAUCGAUAGCUACGAGAAAGCACCCUUGCUGUUUUGGAGCGUAUUGGCCAUUGCAAGCAAAGAUUCAGAGAAGUAUGCAUCUGACUACGCUCGGUUACAAAUUCUUUUGAGGCAAUUGGUAGCCGACAUUCUCAUCGUUGGUACCCGGUCCAUCUACCUCGUUCAAGCUCUACUUCUACUCUGUGUUUGGUCUUUUCCCCAUGAAGACAUGAACAAGGAGCCGUUUUCAAUGUACUGUGCACUGGCCAUUUCUAUGGCACGGUCUCUUGGUUUGCAUCGUCCACAACAUCCAUUCCUUUUAUUUGCGGCAAAGGCGUCGGAGAUCGGAACCUUGGAAACUCGGACGGCAACCUGGUUGUCUUGUUUCGUUGUGGAUCAAUGGCAUACUGCUAGAUUCGGGGUGCCAAGUUCCAUCAGGAUCGACCACACUGUCCUUCAUGCCCUGAAUGUUUCGAUGCCUUGGGUACCAGCGACUACAAGAAUUCAACUUCACAUCGCCGUCGUCACCUCGAAGAUUUCGGCUGCCCUGGGAGAAUGUGAGACUUCGGCCACCGGGCUCACUGCAGACCCCCUUCCGCUUGUGCGGGUGUUUGAAACUGAGCUUUGCAUGAUACAAGACAGAUACACGUGCGAAUGGUCGCCUGCCGAUGAAGUAUCAUUCCUUGACGCGCGGCUCAGCCUGUACUCUUACGUUCUCGACCAGCAAAAAACCGAGACCUUCAAAACCCUUCAUCCAGAGAAUGAACUCAUCGUCCAAAGCAGUAUCACGGCAAGACAGCUCCUAAUCGUGCUGACUACAUUUCCGGACGCACUAAGCAAAGGGACAUUCCAUGUGUUUCGCUCUGCAAGCUACGCCGUCUUCUUCCUCUUACGCAUUCUUAAGACAGCACCCAGUGAGUUAAUCGACGAGACAGGUAUCAGAAAUAUCAUCAGACAGACUUUUACACUCAUGAGGGAAAUGUCUCAAACAGCAAAUGACCGACGGUCUCAGUGCGUGCGGGUCUGCAGAAUCAUCGAGCAUAUGAUUGACGAAGACUGGAACAAAGACACGCCGUUCUUAGGCAAAGCCGAGUCAUUUAUGGCUAAUAACUAUGUCGCAGAUGUUGCGGCCAGGGGCAUGAUCAAAGCAAAUAUACGGCAUGCAGCUGCACAAACCGAACGCGAUAGCCGGGAAGCCGUAGCGGCAGGAGUUUCGCCAGAGGUCGAUUCGAAUUUUGACCUCGAUUUCUCGAUAUUGGAUCCGAUGGAAUGGAAUGUGAAUUGGCAGGAUAAUGAUGACCUACUCUUUCUCAGCGAGAAUAUAGGUGGAUCCUCGUGA